UCUGUGAUGCACGGCGCGUACGAUUUCCCAGCGGGAAUAUACUGCUUAAAAACGGUGAAGAGAGAAAGAGAGAAAGAGAGAGAGAGCGAGAGAGAGAGCAAAGAGGACCUGAGCAAGAACCACCACCUCCACUACAACAAAAACAACUAUAAAAGCAAUAAAAACAGCAGCAACAAACAGCAUAAACAAAAGAAGUUAAUCAAUUAGAAAUAGCCUUCGCAGCCCCGCCCGCCCAA